AUGUCUAGGUAUCGUUUAUUUCUCUUCCUUAUCUCCAUAGUAAUAUGCUUUGUUGUGACCAAGUCCUUGCUGCUGACCUGCUGUUUGCCCAUCUUUCUAAUGGGUAUGAGGUACUACUUCAGUAGAAAAGUUAUCCUCAACUAUCUCGAUUGUGCGCUGCAUACGGACAUGUCUGAUAUUGAGCAAUAUUACAUGAAACCACCAGGCUCCUGCUUCUGGGUGGCCGUGCUGGAUGGAAACGUGGUUGGAAUUGUGGCUGCGAGAGGCAACGAGGAAGACAACACGCUGGAGCUGCGCCGCAUGUCUGUAGACUCCAAAUACCGCGGCAAAGGGAUUGCCAAAGCCCUGGGCCGCAAAGUGCUGGAGUUUGCCAUGCUCAACAACUACUCUUCUGUCGUACUGGGAACCACGGCUGUGAAGGUGGCAGCCCACAAGCUGUAUGAGUCCUUGGGGUUCAAACACGUGGGCAUCGUUGAACACUACACCCUUCCCGGGAUGACACAUUCCUUACUAGAGAGAAUGUUUUUCCAGCUUCGCUACCACCGCUACCGCCUGCAGCUGCGUGAAGAAUAAAAACAAAACCGCAAAAAUAUUUUCCUCCUCCCCCCUCCAAAACAAAACCGACCUUGUGGUUUUAUUUUAUUUUAUUUUAUUUUUUUUGUCACUUUUUUUUGCCAGUUUUGUUCAUUUUGUUCCCUCAUUUCAUUUUUAAUUUGCUUUGUACAGCUUGAUUGUACAAAAUAAGGAUCCUUCCUCGCAUGCUGUAGGGUGGUGGUGCUGAUGCUGGAAGUACUGCUCUCCUAAUGCAUACCCUGUUCAUGACCUGGCAGGUCAGAGUGAACCUACAGCCUAUUGUUCCAAUCCUACCCAGGUACCUACAUAAAGCACAGAAACUUAAAUACAUAACCGUACCCCUGGUCUGAUGUACACUUUUUGUUUUUUGUGGGUUUUUUUUCUUUUCCAGUAUAAGAUAACGUAGUGAUGGCAUUCAUGCUAGUGCAGAAAUAUUACUUGAAUGCAUUUCUGAGUAUUUCACGCACCAGUACGUAGAAUAGGUAUUCAUCUUCCCGUAAAUUAUCGGUUAAUAGUUUUCAAAGAAAAUGUGAAAAACAAAACAACCCGCUUGCUACAAUGCAUGAAGAGGAAGUGUGUGCACGCACUCAAACACACGGCACUGCCAACAAGGCACUGGUGUUGCACUUUUUUGGAUGUGCCUCAUGCUGCCAAAUGUCUGAAAGAACCUUGGUGCAUCCAAUAACCAUGACUUUUUCUCCAUUCUCAUUCUCCUUCCUAAGCCAGCAAACAGACUUGACCCAUCUGAACUCUGAGCCCCAUUGUAACAUAUUAUGAAGUAAGAUCAAACCUAAAUAUCUCCUGCGCUGUUCUAUAUCCGUGCAUCACCUGCAGUCCUGGGCCAGACUUCCGCAUGUGCAUUGGAGUUUCUCUUUGCUGCCUUCUGGUUUAUUUUGGUUUUUUGUUUUUUUUUAAAUUAAUGUUUUGUUUUGUUUUAUUUUUUAGUUUUGGCUUUUGCUGAAUGGUGUCAUUGAAGCAUAAUGGAGGCUGCAGUUCCUAUGGCAACACAUUUGCACAUUAAUGUGCCCACCAAUUCUGAACACUUCAGAAAAGCAAUGUGCGACAGAUAAUUGCAUUUUGGGAACAUGGGGUGGGGGGGACACAUACAUAUUAUCUUAACCAGCUGCUUGUUCGAUAAACAUAGAUGGCCUCACUGCAGCCUUCCAUAAAAAAUAAUUAGCUGCUUUAAUGAUGUCACAUUUGUGAAUUGUACAAUGCAAAAAGCAAUGCAAAGCAGAUUUGGCAUGUGUCUGUACCUAGUAUGUAUGUACAGUGCCUGCCAACAAAUGAAUAACCAAGACUACAGCUUCUUCUAGCCUGAAAUAUCAAUUUUUAUAACUUAUUUAAACAAAUAGCAACUUUGCAUGAAUUGUCUCGGCGGGGGUGGGGGGGAGGGGGGGGACGCAGUAGGUUAUUUCUAAAAUGUGUUAUCAGAAAUAUACAGACCAUUUCUGGCUGCACUUAACUCGGGGGUGGGUGGAAGGUUUCAGCUGUCUUAUUCAAUUUAAAGGGAAACCCCCUUUCACUUAGUUCCUGGGAAAAAUGUUACCGUUCUAUGAAGUAUAAUGCGCGUGGAAAAAAUGUAUCACACUGAAAUCAACAAGGGAGAGACCUAUGUUAAUCACACUUGUACUUAGAAAUACAAUAGAAGCAUCUAGGUGGAAAGGAGAGUUUCAGGGAGGAGGGGAGUGUUAAUGCAGGAGCAAAUGUUAUUUUCCAAACAGAUUUUGGAAUCAAAUGAAUGGGGAAUCAUAGAAAAUGAAAGUAGGAGCACUUAAACAGCUUGACAGGCGGAAGAUGAGACGCAUGUAAGUAAUACUGUAGUGUUGAAACCAAAAAAACCCCUCUCCCUUCGUUUCCAGUUGAGAGUGUUUCCAGCACUGAGAUUUACCAGCGUGAAGGCCUGGAGGACAGUUGCUUGUGACCAGCUGGCACUGCUCCGUGCCAUCCCGUCACAAUUCUGCCUGUACAGGGGCGCCCGGGAAAGUUGAGAUAAAUCAACCAGAAGUGUGCAAGUGUUUUCCUUGACUCCUGAAUGAGAGCAUCCAUGCACUCUGCGGCACGUCGGAGGCUGGAUUGGGUGAGAAUUAGCAGUGCGCUGGCCACCCCAUGCUCACUCCCUGUCUGGGCGCUGUUCAGCAGCAGUAAGUGGAAGGCAGCUGACUUGACUUUAAGAGUAGAGCAAGCUGCCGGACUCAGUGCAAUGAAUGGGCCUGCAUGGGGCAUAGCUAGCACCUUGCAAAUUGUCAUUCAGCCUUAUGUGGCAGUAAUUUCAUCACGUAGAUAAGCCCCUGUGCAUGCUGACUGCACACUGUUGGCUUGUUUGCCUUCACUUGUCCGCGCGUCACCAUGUAAACAGGCCCUCCUCCUACCAGAGUGAGUGUCUUUGAGAACUCUUGAUUUACCAGCAGCAUCUCUGCAGGUCCCCUUUCAGCAGGGGAAAAAGCCUGUACUUGCUUAGCAAAUGUUAAUGAGAGGAGGAGGGCAGUCUUCCCGGGAGAGCAAUUGCAGAGCUGCUGAAAGGAUGUGGGCUCCAAUCUCCAGAGCCCAGCCCUUUCACCUGAGCUGGAAGGGAGGAAAAAAGAAAUCGCAGCCUCCUUCUCCCGUGCAAUCCCAGAACAAGAAGUGAGGUCAAGGCAAUAAAUGCAGGCACAGCCUUAUCAGAGCAAUCUGAAAAAAUAUUCUGUUGAUCAGUUCACCCUCUCAGUGCUGGAUUGCUGCCUGUCUCAGUCUCUACCAUGCACAAAGCAGCAGUGUCCUGUGAUAUAUUGGCCCAGCAAUAAAGGGAGAAAAUUGAGAAUGGAGGGCACUCUUUCAAGAAACCAUGAGUAAUGAACAAUAUUUCUUUGUGGGCACUAUAUUUUUUAAAGUCUUUCUAUGCUGAACAUUUCUCCAGAAGCCAAAAUAUAUACUGUUGGUAGGGGUUUUUGUAUAGUGUACAGAAAUUGGCAUAAUAUUUUCUUGCUGCUUCAAGUGAUUUAUUAGCUGGAGUAAAACAGACACAUACAAAGUGUUAGCAAAAAUGAAAGAAAAGAACAAAACAGUUUGUGCCUUUUUAGUUUAUUUUUUCUGUUGCUGUAUAGUCGCUGCACUAAACCUUUUCCAGAAAAUAAAAAUAACUAAUCUCUUAACAAAGGGGGAAAUACAUGAAGCUGAAACCAAGCGCUUAAUUUUUUUAUUGGGGUAUUUAAUUAAAAGAAUGUUGCUGGUUUUAUUUGAUACUUGUGCCUUUGUAGUAUGCCUCAUUCAUACCGAUGAGAUAAGCCAAAACAGGUACAAAAACCAUUAUAUCCCAGAGUCAGACGCACUGGUAUGUCACCACCACUUCCAAAGCUGGUUAAAAUGUAACCGAUGGGUUAUGACUGCAUCUCUGAUCAUGACACCUUGGGAGCUGCAUAAAAGAGGGGUGUUGCUAUAACAUGCAGCUUGCAAAGUGCUAUGGUAUCUCUAUACUUCUAAGUGCACGGGGGGGCAUAGCAAUCAAGAUGCUGCCACUCAGACAUUUGUUGCUGUGUGAAUUUGUCUUUACUGCCUUUGUGAUUUCUCUCCUGCUCUGUGACAAGUGUGCUUGGAAAAUUCAGUUUGGUCAUCAUACCAGGAACCCCAGCUGCCUGUCUUUUUCCUCAAGUGUAAUCUCCUAAAGAAAGGACAUACUGUUAAAUCUUUCCAUCUCUUUUUUCUCAGUGGUGACAGCAGAUGAGUUAGUAGAGCUCUACUAACCUAAGCUUCGUCCUAGGCUAUCGUGGUUGGACAUCUCCCACUUGUACUAGCUCCAGUGAGAAUACUGAUGUAGACCAGGCUCAGGCAUUUUUACUGCUGUUGGCUGGAUUUGCUGUGAGUUGGAUUAGACACUUCCACGGCUGAAAAAUACCUGAGCCUCCUGCUGCUGCUUAGUUGUUGGAUUUGCUCUGGUGGGAAAUUUUGCAAAGCCUGUUUAUGUUGGUACAGGCUUGAAGGUGGAUCAUCUUUGGUUGUUCUGUAGAACAUGCUUGUCCUUCCUGUGAGGGAGCCCAGGCUCAAGCUGCACUGUCUUCUAGUCUGGCUAUGCUGCAGGCUGCAAGAUCAUGUAGAGAAACCCAGCUAGGUUUAAAUGAGCAGACUAGGAGCACUCUAGCCUGGCCGGUGCAGAGUUCAGCCCAGCACUCUUGGUGGGGCAGUUUAGCCCCCAUAGAGCCGGGUGUUGCCGUGGCCAGAUUGGUUCUGCUCUCAGUACUGGUUCAUUCAUAACUAGCUUGGGCAUCUCCGCACUGCAUUGCAGUCUGCAGUGUAGGCAAAUCCUGAGUCUGUGUAGGCAGGGCAAGCUGAAGGGUUUUUCCAUUUCGUCCAUCCAUCGCCUCUAUUUUACCUAUGUACAUAGCUCUGCAAAAGGCUUCCACAUGUCCUCUCUCUGCACAAGUCCUGGAACUCCUCCGAUGUGCAACUUCCCAGCAGCGACAGGACCCAGCUUUGCUGUCUAUCUGUCCUUUGCUGCUUCUGGACCUCCUGCUGCUUCUGGACAGAGACUGCUGAAGGGACCACGCAAGUCCCGGCAGCUGGUACUUCAGCACUGGCACAGAAGUGCAUGGAGGGCAGUACGAAGAGCUCAGGGACACUCCAUUUGAAGGCGACGAGCAGAAGAGCUGCUAGAGGAUCUUCCCAGCGGUCCUCUGCAGCUGUGGUAGGAAGGCCAAAUAUGUAUGAAAUAAGGAACGAUGUUAAAGAUGAACUGAGCCAUUCUCUCUGUCUGUUGCCAUUCCCUGUGCUGAGUUUGGGGCUUUGGGUGGCACUGAGGGACUGGCAGUUGCGUGACCCUGUACACAAGUUCCAGACUGCCAGCCCCAUGUGGGAAUGCUGGGAUUCUUGUGACAAGAGUUGGGAUUUUCAUUGUAAUUUGGUUAAUUGGAUGGCUAGUGGAACUACAUCCAGCUGAGCUGGAGCUGUGUGGUUUGACUGGCAGGAGACCUUUCAACUACGGGACUGGCAUCUGCAAACAAAUGGGUCCUCCCUGGUCCCUACCCACAUCUGCCCUGGCAGCUUCCUAGCUAAUACGUUCUAUGUCCAUGCUUCUUUUUCACUGAUUUGUUGGUCUUUAAAACAGAGUUUCCCUGCCUGAGCCCUUAUCUUGCAGUGAGCUCCACUUAGGUGAAUACCUGGAUGGAGCUGACUGGGAUCAGUGCUGCGGCACCCCCUGCCCUGCUCCCCAACAGAGCCAGGGCCUCUGAUCUUUUCUUCCAGGUUUUUAAGAGGAAACAGGAAACAUUUCAGUUAUGAGUCAAGGCUCAACCUUGUUCAUGGCCCAGGUCUCCCUGGGCACCACCUGUACUGUCCUCUGUGAAGCUAGUAAGAGUUAUGUGUGCGCAUCUGUGAGAACCAGGUCCUUGGGGCCUGCUGAUGCCACCAUGCACCUUUGAUCAGUUAUCCCAGGUUUUAGGUUGGCUCUGUAGUGCUCUUGGCCUUGCUUAGUAAUGCUCAAUGGCUAAAGCAGUUAGGAACAGGGUUUCAGACUUUAGUGAGGCCUCUUGAACUAGUGGUUGCCACAAAUUCAUGCCUUGGUUUCUCUGAUGAAGUGGUCUGCACCUGCAGACAGCUUAGAAAUGGCAGCUGUAAUUCACCUCCACUUUGAAGUGCGCUCCACAGUGCUGUGCCAUUGGCAUGUUCCAAACACUGCAUGGAGAGAAAUGGCACUGGGCUUUGCUUGGGUCCUGUUGCUACAGGGUGUGGACAAUAUGUUUCAGUACCUCUUUAGCACUUCCCAGGUCUCUACCUGCAUGCAAGACUGUGAUCCCUUCUGGGUGCAGCCCUACAUAUGGUGUCAGUAGAGGAAGCUCCACCUGACUUAAAGAAUGCCGACAUUGUGACUAUCUUCAAGAAAGGGGACAAGUCGGUGCGUGGGAACUACCAAGGCAUUACCUUCCUCUCUGUUGCCUGGAAGGGUCUUACUCCCAUCCUUCUGAAUCUCCUCCUCUGCCUUGCCGAAGAUGUCCUUCCAGAAUCCCAGUGUGGCUUUAAACCAUCAUGGGUACCACCAACAUGAUUUUUGUUGCACAACAGAUCCAGGAGAAGUGUAGAGAGCAACACCAAGAGCUGCUUAUGGCAUUCAUUGGCCUAACCAAGGCCUUCGACUCCAUCAGUUGUGAAACCUUAUGGAAGUUGCUGGAUAGGUUUGGUUGUCUGUUGACGUUCAUCAGUGUCCUCAGGCUACUCCAUGAUGGGAUGACCACCACAGUCCUCUGCAAUGGAUCAGAGAUGGACCAAUUUACCGUUUGUACUGGUGUCAAGCAGGGCUGUCAUCACCUCAACCUUUUUCUCCAUCUAUCUUGCUGCAAUUUUGAAUCUCAUCCAUGACUGCCUUCCUCCCAGAAUUGGGGUGAAGUAUCAAAUGGACAGUCAGCUUUUCAACCUGCAGUGCCUCCGCAGCAAAAUGAAAGUUACCAAGACUGGCAUCACCGACCUUCAGUAUGCUGACGACUGUGUUAUCCUCGCACAUGCUGCGGUCAAUCUGCACUCCACCCUUGACCUUUUUUUAGGUGCCUACCAUAGCCUGGGACUCUCCCUUACUAUUAGGAAGACCAAGGUGCUCCAUCAGCCUGCCCCAGCACAAGCUUCCCCCCUUUCCCCCCAAAUUACCAUUGGUGGAGAACCCCUGGAAAGUGCCAAGCAUUUUCCUAUACCUUGGCAGCCACCUCUCCCAGUCAGUCUUGAUGUAGAAAUCAAAUCUAGGAUUUGCUGUGCCAGCAUAUCCUUUGGAAAGCUGCUUUGCCAUGUCUUUGCUCACUGAGAUCUACAGAUAGAAGCUAAGAACCUGGUCUGCAAUGCAGUGAUAAUCCCUACGCUCCUAUGGGUGUGAGAUGUGGGUGACAUAUCGGAGCCACUUUAAGCACCUGGAAUGGUUCCAUCAGCGCUGCCUCAGGAAGAACCUUCGAUUUGAUGGGAAGAGCCCUGCACAAAUGCCAGCAUCCUCUUUGCACCUAAUAUAACCAGCAUUGAGGCAAAGAUCAAGAAACAGCAAUUCUGCUGAGCUGGCCACAGUGCGGAUGGCUGACACUCGUCUCCCAAAGCAAGUCCUCGUCUCUCAACUCAGCCAUGGUAAGAGGACCUGCAGAGGACGGAGGAAGAAUUACAAGGACACCUUGAAAGCAUAACUUAAGAAGGGUGGCAUCAGCCUUACAAACUGGGACGUGCUGGCUGGUAACGGGUCUCAAUGGCACUGCACCAUACAUCGAAGCCGAGAAAUGGUAAAGGAAGAAGCAAAGUGCACAAUAUCUUGGCCAACAGCUGUGCCCCCCAGCCACCCCCCAAAGCACCACCUGUCAUAUCUGUGGAAAAACUUGCAGAGCACGGAUUGGACUCUUCAGCCAUCUUAAAAUGCACCAAUAAUUUCCCCCCACUCCCGCAGCAGACAUCAUCCUCGUAUCGAGGGACAGCCGAAGAAUGUGUUUCAAUACCUCUUUAGCACUUCCCAGGUUUCUACCUGCACACAAGACUGUGAGCCCAUCUGGGUGCAGUCCUAUGUACAGUGUCAGUAGGUUUGACACUGUCUCCUUUCUGUACAUCUAUGAUAUGAAACUUGUUUUAACUGGGAAUAAAUUUUCCUUCCAAGAAUCAAGUUUGUGAAUAAUCUGCAGAGCCUCCUCAAUUGACUUUUUUAAAACUGCUAAUUGGAAAAUACACGUCAGUUGAUUACUUAAAGAUGCAUGGUUUUAAAGUAAGUAUGUGUGUAACAACCUGGAAUUCAGUGUAGAAUAAUAGAAAAUGAGGGCUAGAAGGGAGCUCAGGAGCUCAUCUAGCUCAAAGCCGCACCAUCCCCAACUAGAUCAUUCCAGCCAGGGCUUCAAGCUAGACUUUAAAAAUCUCCAAGGAU